CUGGACUGAGGGGAGUUCACCAGGUGAGCCCCGCCCUGAUGCUGGGCCCGGCCCGGGCUCCCUCCACCGCCUCUGCUAGGCCAGAGCGAGGGACCCGGAGCAGGCCCCUGUCCACGCGCGCCGGACCUCCGCUUCUGCUGAAGGUUCACAAGGACCUUAGCUGUACUCUGGCGCUGCCGUCACCUUUUCCAGGACUCUCAAUGGCAGGGUACCAGCUCUGGUCACCGUGGACUCCACUGGACGAGAGCUUCCAAUGGCUGCGGCACACGACACCCACCCCAUCCUCCAAGCACCCCUUCAGGGCCUCCCCCGGCUUCCCACACACCCCUUCCGACCUGGAAGUUCAGCUGUGUUUCCAAGAGGUCACGCUCGUCCUUGACAGCCCAUUCCUGGACAAUGGAGUGAGUCCCAAGCUACCCUAUCACACAUCAGAGCUCCGAAGCAUGAUCCACAAGAAAGGACUUGUCAGGAAACCUCAGCCUGUCCGCCUCAGUGGAGUGGAUUCUGUCUUUGGCAGGGUCAUCACGGCUCAGCCUCCCAAGUGGACCGGGACCUUCAGAGUUUCUGAGAAGUCGGCCUUCUGCAAGAUUAUCAGCAGGGAGCAUCAGUGGCCCACUGGACUCAAGGAGCCUCAGAUUCAGAUGACAGUGACAAUGUGCAAACAGAUGCUGCGCUCCAUUCUCUUGCUGUAUGCAACCUACAAGAAGUGCACCUUUGCCCUGCAGCACUCCAGGUAGGGGGUCCUGCUGCACCUGAGCCUGAGCACCUGCUCUCUGGGAUGAAACCAAGCUCGUGUCAACCUGUCUACACAAGCCAAGGCGAUGCUGCCCUUACUGUGUCGCUUUGUGUCAAAAAGUGACAAGAGGAGCCCCUUUCUUCUCUCCAAGAAGAGGGCCAGUGACAGAGGAAGGAGGAACACAUCCAUUGUAGAGCUGAACAACAAGAGUCAAAGUAGUACUAACUUGUAAAUGUGAUGAAAACCAUUAAACCAUAUAAAUCAGUGA